AAAGGCGGCCAUAUUUUUGACUUGUGAGAAGAAAAUAUAACAGUUGACAAAAAAUUCUACUUUGGGGCCCCCAAAAACACUAUAAACGCUUAAAAAUGGACGUGGAUUUCGUAAUCCCGUUAUCUACGGAUGAUUUAUUGAAUGGGGAACCUGGUUGUUACGUUGUAGAGGAAGUUUUUUCGUGCAGAUCGUUACCAAACAAACUGGCGGAUUGUUUCGUCGAUUUGCGUACUCAAGGUCCAUGUGCAAUAAUAGAGACUUUUGAUGCAUAUUUUAGUCUUAUCAGGCACUUUAAUGAUGUCGAGAAUGCUCUCAGAGAUGAAGCAUUGCAAACAUUACUGAAAGCAUUCAAGCAGCUGAUCAAUGACAUCUCACCAAUGGUGGAGCAAGGAGAUGCUGAUCCAGAAACAAGAAAAAGACAUCUAAAUGCUCUUAAGAUGACAUGUUAUUUGCUGGUACAAAUCUCAAGUCUUUAUGAAUCUGAUGCCACAAAACCAACCACACAAGUCAGUGCUCCAAAGGGACGGGGAAAGUCUUGUGCUGCAUCAAAGAAAAAAUCAACAUCAAAAAGCUUUGAGUGGGAUUCCGAGAGAGAUAGAGUUAUAGAACUACUGGGUCACGUGUUGCAACUGGACAUUAACAGACUGUGGGAUCCCCCCAUAGUAGAGGAGGAAUUUGUAAACCUCGUAACUGGAUUUUGUUACAAACUGCUUGAAAAUCCUGUCGUAACGAAAGCUAAAAUUACAAAGGAUUUAGUUUUCAAUAUGCUCGGAACUGUUGUUAAGAAAUACAGCACAGGACUGAGUACAAGUCUGAAGAUAGUGCAGCUUAUUCAACACUUUGAGCAUCUUGUUCCUCACCUGUCACAAGCCGUCGACCUCAUCGCCACUGAGUUUGGGGUCAAGGGCAUUGUAGCAGAAAUUAUAAGGGAAAUUGGAAUGAUGAAUCCAGCAGAUCUCACCAAGGAUACCAGUGGAACAAGAGCAUAUGCUGAUUUCAUUGUUGACCUGACCAGUAGAAUCCCUUCACUAGUUCUCAAUAACAUUAGUUUGCUAAUCUGUCAUCUUGAUGGAGAGUCAUAUUCAAUGCGUAAUGGUGUACUCGGUGCAAUGGGAGAGAUUGUCCUUAAGGUUCUCAGUAGUGGUGAACUGGAUGAUAAUGCCAAGAACCUGAGAGACCAGUUCCUGGACAAACUAGAGGCACACCUCCAUGAUACCAAUGCUUAUGUACGCAGCAAAGCUCUACAGAUUUGGUUACAGCUGUGCAAUAACAUGGCAAUACCCUUACCAAGGCAACAACACCUGCUAGAGUUAGUGAUAGGCCGAUUACAUGACAAGUCCAGCAGCGUCAGGAAAUAUGCCGUACAACUGCUGAAGUGCUUCCUCGUCAAUAACCCAUUUGGGGCAAAACUGCCUCUUGAUCACUUGAAAGGAAAGCUGACCGUAGAAAUGGAGAAACUAAAAGAAAUGGCACCACACCUGACACAAAAGUCUGACAACCAAGUACCGGUUGUUCUUGCAUGUGCUGGUGAAACUUGGAAAGCAAUAGAGCCUGAGGUGAAGGCAACUGUAGAGGAAUACAUUGCACAAGAAGAUGAAGAAGAUAAUGAUGAUGAACAGACAGACGAAUCUGAACCAAAAGCAUUAACAAUGACUUUGAAGGAGAUAAAGCAGCUGCUAAAUGAAGGAUACCACAAGAAAGCACUAACAACAUUGAAGAAAGCCCAGAGAAAGUGGCCCAAUGAAGCCGUUCUCCAUGCCGAUACAGUGAACAAAGGAAAUCUGUUUGAAGAGGAGAAUGAAUCAGAAGAGGUAGACAAGGAUAAAUUGGUUGCAGAAGAGCUGUCUAUCUUGAAGGCGAUCUUUUUGGCACCAGAAGAUGGAGCCCCACAAGAAUCGGCUGAAGAAGAGGAAGAACUUAACCCUGAAGCUCUUCUUGAUGCAGCCAAUCAAAAUACAGAUGAAAAUAACAUUGAAUCUAACAGCGAUGGAUUAGUGAAUGAAAUCAGUAAACAACAGCUUGUUGUGCAGUAUCUUCAGGACUAUGUCAACUUUCAAACACAAAUGGAAAAAGCUGUUCCAGUCAUUUGCCAACUUCUUGGAUCCAAGACUAUUAGUGACGUUUCUGAAUCCAUUGAAUUUUUUGGGACUGCUUAUGAGUUUGGACUGCGAAAUGCUAUCUUCGGGGUGCGCAGGAUGCUAGUACUGAUAUGGUCCCGAGAUGCUGCUGUUAAGGAUUCAGUGGUUGAGGCCUAUAAGGGACUAUAUCUUGAUCCACCUUCUCCUAAUCAAAGAACUAAGACAGCUCUCAUAGUAAAGAACAUGAUAGCAUUGACACAUGGUGCAUCUAUUGGUGAUCUGACCUCGCUGGAAGAACUGAUGAGUGAGCUGAUGAAAGGAAAGCUAAUACCUGGUCCUGUCAUUAAACUGUUAUGGGAGAAGUUCACUAUGAAGGUUUCUCAGACCACAGCUGAAGAAAGCCGUGCAGCUUUGAUUCUUCUUGGAAUGUUAGCAAGCGCUGAGAUGGAUAUCAUUCGCAGCAAUGUGGAUGUGUUGGUUAAAAGUGGUCUGGGAACCAGAGCUGAGGAAGACUUUUUACUUGCACGGGAUACCUGUGUUGCUCUCCUAAAACUGAACAAAAAGAGCAAGACAUCAAGGGGUGGUACAGAGGAACCAUUCCGUUUCCCAGCUUCACACGCGAUCUUUGAGCGUCUCAGCCAGAUCAUUGUUUCAGGUAUUCGCAAAGUAGAGGACACUCACUGGAUACCCAUGGCAGAACAGGCUAUCAAUGUGAUAUACGCCUUGUCUGAACACCCUGACACAAUCUGUGAAGAGAUCAUUAGAAAGAUUGCAGUUUGUUUGAUUGACAAGGAAACCAGACAGUCACCCAUACCAGAAGAUGGUCAGGACACACAGACACAAGAUGAAGCAAGUGGUCCACAGAAUGGUCUCAUCACAAUAAGGUCAUGUCAUUCCACAAUGCUGGCGCGCUUUUUACACCUGAGUGGUCACGUGGCUCUACGUCAGUUGGUUCACCUUGAUUCUAGCAUACUGAAGGAGAUCAAGAGGCGACAGUGCGUGCAAGAGAACGAGAAAGAGAAGGAAAGACAGGACAAGCAGGCGGGAAAAGAUAAAAGAAGUAAUAACACGACUACAAAUACUACAAAGGAUACGACGACUACUGAAACAGCUGAGGAAGAGAUGGGCCUGACGGGUGCCACAUCAGAUGAUGUCGAGACUGAGUACAUCAGGAACAUAUGUGAACAAGAUAUAGUAACAGGUCAAAACCUUCUAGCUCUUCUGCGUCCACUGCUGGUCUGUGUAUGCAGUAACCCAACCAAGUUCAAUGACCACAGCCUACAGGCCGCUGCUGCACUGGCUUUGGCUAAAUUUAUGAUGGUCAGUUCUCAAUUCUGUGAGGGCCAUCUUCAGUUAUUGUUCACGAUUCUAGAAAAGUCUCCACAGGCAAACAUUCGCGCUAAUACCAUCAUAGCUGUUGGUGAUCUGACAUUUAGGUUCCCUAACCUGCUAGAACCUUGGACCUCUCAUCUGUAUGCCAGGCUACGGGAGGACUCGCCACAUGUGCGUAAGAACACCAUGAUGGUCCUGACUCACUUGAUUCUCAACGACAUGGUCAAAGUCAAAGGCAACAUUAGUGAGAUGGCAACAUGUCUAGAAGAUAAGGACAAGAGGAUUGCUGAUCUUGCUAAGCUGUUCUUCCUAGAACUGUCUAAAAAGGGUAACGCUGUGUAUAACGUCUUACCAGACAUCAUCAGUAGAUUAUCAGACCCUGACUGUGGGAUCGAGGAAGAGCCGUUCAGGAAUAUUCUAAGGUAUAUGUUAUCUUUUAUCCAGAAAGAUCGCCAGUCAGAAAGCCUUGUGGAAAAACUCUGUCACCGAUUCAGAGCGACAAGGUGUGAUCGACAGUGGCGUGACCUGGCUUUCUGUCUAUCUCUUCUUCCUUACAAUGAACGAGCCAUUCGAAAACUAAACGAGAACUUUGGCUGCUUCCACGACAAGCUGAGUGAUGAAGAUGUGCACCAGUCUUUUAUGACUAUCAUUGGAAAGUCCAAAAAGUUUGCGAAAAUAGAAUUAAAGACACUGGUAGAGGAGCUAGAACAACGCAUUGAUGAGUGUCACAACAAAGGAAUGGACGACGAAGCUGGGUACGAGCGCGCGUCCAAAGCAUCAGGAAUGGCUGCUAAGACAAAGAAAAGUGUUUCUGCUACACCUUCAGGAAAAUCCACUCGGUCGCGUAAAGGCGUAACACCUGCAAGAGGACGACGCAAGAAGACAGUUGACGAUGACAGCGAUUCAGAAGAGGAUCCCGCAGCAGGCAGUAAGACAACAGCGUGUACUCCUCGAAACCCGCGGGUACGUCCACCCAAAUCAGCCAAAAGACAAUCCACUAAAAAGCGCAAGCAAAUGCCGUCUUUUGAAAGCGAUGAUGACGAUGAUGAUGUUGAAUUGUUCGACCUCGAAGAGGAAGACGAGGAUGAUGAGGAAAUCAGCGAUGAUGAAAAUAUCGAACCAAACCAGGGAAAUGUUAAGAAUAAGUCUUCAAAGAAGAAGGUGAAAAACAAGGCGAAAGGAAGUACCAGUACAUCAAAGAGCAGAAGCAUCAGGACAUAGCGUUAGGGAAACCUUCGUGGUCAACUGUAUAUAAGACCCCUAUACUAAUUUUUUUAUUCAAUAAUAUCUAAUCCCCUGUAUACACAUUUCUGUUACUGGGAUACCUGUGUUUUAAAAAAAAGUGUGUCCCAUUCACUCUCUUGCUGCCACACAGGACACCCAGUUAAGUAGUUUGUAGAUCAGUAAUGCAUGACAUUUGAUUGCAAAAGGUUAAGAUUUCUGGAGCAUGUGAAAUAUAGUGGAUAUUCAAUCUCUAAGACGUGUGGGCUGUAGCAACUGUGUUGAUAUGAUUACACUGUAGUAUUAAAAGUUCAAUUAUAAAAUGUA